GAAGAAAGGAACGAACCCAGCCCAGCUCACCCCAACAACACACAAUCCCAGCACCCAAAAACCCCCACCGAACUGCUCUAGUUAACGCUCAUCUGACUUUUCCUUUCCAUACUCAACAUAGUCUCAUCCAACAAGCCUCUUCCUCUCAUUCUCAUCUUGCCCAGCGUCCUGCAUCUCAUAUUUCCCCUUCCUUGUCUUCUUUUAUUCAGUCUUUGCAUUUCAUCCCCCUCCUCGUAGCUUUCAGCACGGGAUCGGAUGCCGCCUCCCAACAAAGCAUGCAUAUAUCUUCUCGUAUCUCAUCAUCAUGACGCCGGACCCCAAACCCGCCGCCAACAGGAACCCGAGACCUCUUGCUCCUAAGACUGCUGAAGUGCAGAAGACGGGUGAAGAAGAUGGGAUCAAGCGCAAGCAGCCAAAGAGUCGUAAUGGCUGCCUAACUUGCAAAGCGAAAAGAAUGAAGUGCGAUGAAGCGAAACCCUCAUGUCAACAAUGUACCCGUCGUGGAAUUCCCUGCGGUGGCUACAAAAAGGAUCUCAAAUGGAAAGCCUUUGGCCAGCCUCGGGCCCAAAACCCGAACCCAGCAUCGCGCCCUUCGGGAGCAUCCAAAUCCAACGCCGAGCGUAGCAAUGAUCAAUCAUUGCCUCUUGGCUCUCCUACUUCUGGCAAUGUGAACGAAGCCUUCGGUAGGAUGAGCGGCAACAAUCCUAUCAACAUCCCCUCGCAGUCUUCUCACCACCAAAGACAGCCUUCGGGUAGCUUGCCACAUCAGGCGAGUACCAAUUCCAACCCGCCUUCAGAAAGACUGGUCACACCCAUCGAUCAACGUUCCAAUGGAAGUUGGAAUUUCUCUCCUAAUGCCACAUGGCUCGAUUCAGACGUACUGUUGGCAGGCCUGGCAGAAGAUGUUGACUUGGGAGAUCAGCAACAUGUUUCCCCUCUUAACGAUCUCGAGUUCCUGGAUCGAGAGACUUCCAGGGAGGCACAAGAUCAUUUCGAUUGGCGUUCAUACGGUUUCGACACUUUCGAUGCAUUACUGGAGCAAGCUGCGCCGUCACCUCUUGUUACACAGGACGAUUUCCACAUGGACGACAUUCCCAACUUUAAUGUGCCGCCUCGGCCUCUGUGGCGACCUCCGCCCCGUUCCGCGUCUGUGAACGAACAGGAUUGGAACGAAAUCUUCCGGCAGCCUCAAUUCCAGAAUGCCACUCCAGAGAUCAUCUCCACUGUAUUUCACCAAUACACCAGCCGCAUCUUAUCGAUUGAGGACGACGAUGGGGUGAACCCGUGGAAGGAGUACGUUUGGCCACUUGCUAAAGAGUAUCCUGCACUGUAUCAUGCUGUUGCUGCAAUGACGUGCUAUCAUAUGAGCCGCGCCCAACCAGACCUUCGUACACAAGCGAUCGGACAUGUCCAAUGCAGUAUGGAAAACCUAGCUGCUAACAUUGACAGUGGUACGAUUUCUCUUGAUGCUGCGCUGGCUGCGUCCCUAGCUCUUGCUUGGGCAGAGGCUUGGGAUUGUACCAGACCCACUGGAAAACACCACAUUGACGGAGCGCGGGCACUCGUGAAACAAGCUCGAGAUACCCCAAACCGGUCUCCUCUUCUCGACUUUCUAAUCAGCGACUUCCUCUACAUGGAUGUCAUCGCCCGCCUCACGUCGACGUUUGAAGAUACGUCAUUAUCUAGGCAGAUCGACUACUUCCCUGAUCCAUCGGAGAACGGACCACAUUCUGAUUCGUUGAUGGGAUUCGCCUGCACACUCUUCCCAAUAAUCGGAGCUGUUGGGGAUAUAGUCGGCUGUAUCCGUGCUAGGAACAUGAAGCGAAAUUCACCCGCGAUAAUAUCACGAGCUAUCGAAUUGAAGAAGGCCAUUGAGCGGUGGUCCCCACAGGUCAACCUUUCGGGAGUCGACAAUCCCUCAUCUACAGUGUCCGACUCAAUACAGACUGCCGAAGCGUAUCGCUGGGCUACGCUCUUGCUUCUUCAGCAAGCCGUGCCCGAAUUGCCAGAUAAAUCAUCAUAUUGGCAGCUUGGUCAGAAAGUCCUUGUUUUCUUGGCAACCAUCCCUCUGUCGUCUACCACCCUUGUCACACACCAUUUUCCGCUCAUGCAGGCAGGGUGUGAGGCUACUGAAGAGGAGGAUCGCGAGUGGGUCAAAGAACGUUGGGCAACGAUGGGUAAGCGGAUGAUCACUGGGGUCGUGGAGAGAUGUUUCAGCAUCACAGAAGAGGCUUGGAGAAGGAAAGACGAAUAUGCCGCUCGUAAAGGGUUCUGUUCACGGACCGGCGCCAAAGUAUCUCCCCAUCUUUCAUCGAUAGCAGCAGACACAACUGCCGGACUGAAUAGGCUGGACCCCAUGCGUCUCGUCGGUGAAGAUUACGCGACACAGAUGGAAAACUAUGAUAACCGACUACGAAGAGGCUCUAAGGCAGCCCGAUCCGCGUCUCCCGAUUUCCCUAUUUCAUCAGUAUUCAAUACGGGCAUUGACCCGAUCACGAGAUCCGGCAGUGUUGAUUACACGGUUCAAGGACAAUUGCAUUGGUUAGGCGUUAUGAAGGACUUUGGCUGGGAAGUUAUGCUUGGAUGAAAUCAUGAUGCGAAGAACAAUUCACUGUAAGGCUCCAUAUUCUUUUUAUGCAAGGUAAAGCGCAAUACAAAAAUUCACCACACAGUCCUCAGUAUUGGUCAUGACCUCUACGCUACAGCGCACAAGGGAAGGUGACGAGACAUGCCUCAUGAAUUAUGUCCCAAAUUUUUCCAUCACUGGAGCCCACACCCGUUGUCGCCAAACACUACGCCCGCACCUGUCAGGAACACCCUGAUUCACUUUAAUAUCAGAGUGUUUUCUGCCAUGGUGUUGUUCCUCAAGCAACUCCCACUUCCCGCCCAAUCAAUCCUGUAUCCCAUCCACCAGAUUUCCAACUCGGUGUGGUCCAAAAUCGGGUAUACGCUCGUGAGAAACGUUAAUCGGCGACAAAGGAAUAUCGUGAACGGAAAGCCGUG